UGCCCAUUAUAAUCUCCCCCGCAUCAGGGAUGUCUUGGAUUUGCUGGAGGACGCACAGUUCAUCUGGACGCCGUACAGCGAGGAGGUGAUAGGUACCCUGCCAGCGUAUUGUACGUUCGGCCGACAUAUUUGGAGGGCUUCUGUCCCUCUCACAUGCCUCGAUAUUGUGGAGCAUCAUGCCUCAGAGCGGGUUUUUCGUCAGUUUGGCAUGCCGCAGCCUAUACCGACUCCGCCUGCAUGGCAUCCUUUACAUUAUGAGAGGGAUGAUCGGUCUAGGGUGGACGACACAUUUAUUGACUGGCUUAACGCCCAGCUGGCUAUUUGGGACAGGCGAGGUGACUUAAACCCAACUCCGCAGCACUUUCCUAUUGAAGGUUAUAUGGCAUGGUACCGCACUGUUUCCCGACUUUUUAUUGGGAACCCAGUUCAUCAGGCAGAAGGUCGGUACGUCUCAUACGCCGGGAGACACGAGGCUCUGGCGAUUGGAUUGCAUACGGUCUAUCGUAUGGGGCAGCAGAUGCAGAGUUAUGUCCUCGAUCCUAUGGUCAUGCAGGACUACAGUCGUCAAUUCAUGGAUUUGGCUGCCCAGACAUUGCAGCGAGCCCGAUCGAAUCAGCGUUUAGCACACGAGGCUGAUUAUAUUGACCCAGCCACGUACCAGCGAGGUCAUGGUAUCCCACGAGGUGGUGGUGCCCGACGAGGUGGUGGUGCCCGACGACCUCGUGCUGCCCGAGGAGGUGGUGUUCAGCAGGGGGGCCAUGAUGCUCCUGACGAUGAUGUUGCUGCUGAUAUGACAGGUGGCAUGCAUGAGACUGACAUGCCAUCUUACAGCCUGAGAAUUUUUGACACUCCAGUGCCAUCAUAG